AUGGGAGGUAGACAGAUCCGACCCGCAAGGGUCUUUCAGACCGUGAAGGAGGAGCUCAACCACAACAUCCUCGGCAAGAAGUCGGUUCCUACGCCGCCAUGGUACGAUAUUAUGCAAAAAGUACCUCCAGCUGAGACCCUCGUCCGAAAUGUCGCCACUCGACACCAAAACAACCACCGCAAACUCACCAAGCCCAAGAACAUAUUCCGACCUCAAGACAUAACAUACUACGAGGACGGACUACGACAAAGAUUUUAUAAAGACCAUCCUUGGGAGCUUGCAAGGCCCCGUGUUAUCCUCGAGUCGGACGGAAAGGAUUACCAGCAUUGCGAUUGGUCCAAGGGCUUGAAACAGCCCAACAUUCCCUUGACGGGCGAAAGGCAAAGGUGGUUAAUGAAGAACGAGGGCCAAACACUUCAUCAAGCAUACGACUAUGUCCGCCAUCAAUUUUAUCGUCUGCGCCAAGAGGAGCAGAUCGAAAAGCGAGUGGCUCAAGAGGAAGCCAAAUACGUAGGCGCUUACUUUGGCCAAACCCGCACCGAUGUUUCCCACGGUCUCGAAGACCGCGAGUUCGAGAACUGGAAGAUUUGGGCCGGAAAGGAGACGGAGCGACAGGAGCAGAACCGCAACGGUCAAAUUGAGGACUUUGGUUUGGAAGAGGAGGCGGAAGAGGACGUUGAGGACCCAGAGGCAGCGCCGGAGGCCAAGGCCGAGGCCGCAGAAGGCAAGAAGUCCCCUUGA